CUGACACGUAACCCCAAACACUGUCAAGUACUAUUGGAUGAAGUGGAUAAAUUCUGUGAGUGGACGGAUGGAUUGAGGACAAAACCCAGUAAAUGUCAUUGUCUGCGUCUUGGUAGGCGGAAUACAAGAUACACCUCAUACGAUCCGGGACUAUCGUUAGGCGGUCAAUACAUUUCUACGGUUACGGAAAAUGCACCAUUUAAAUUUCUCGGUUGUAAGAUUGAUAAUAUAGGCCGUACUCCAUCUUUAGAAGGAAUAGUAGAUAGCUUUUUGAACGAUCUUAACAAGGUAGAUAGCCAACUGAUAAGUAACGUCAAAAAAGCGUGGAUCUACGAGAAUUACUUAACUUCACGUUUGAAUUGGCCUUUCCUCGUCUAUGAUUUUAAUAAAACCCUUUUGUCAAAGUUAGAUGCAGGCGUCAUAAAGAUGUUGAAGUUGUGGCUCGGGCUCGCUCUGACGGCUGAUUCAUCGGCGUUAUUUAGGGGAAGCAAUAGUUUUGGGAUGAGUCUAAAAAGGCCAUCGGAGCUCUAUAAACACCUAAGAGUUUCCAAGAGAUAUAUCCUGGGGAAAUCCCAUGAUGACAUAGUGACAUCGCUCCCAAAAGAUGAAGAUGCCCCCGAGCUAGAGUCACGACUUCAAUUCCAUAAGCAAUUUAUGAUAGGAGCACAAAGUAACAGAACGGGGUUAGGAUCAAAUAGGAAAGUCCAAGAUGCGGAUAUAUUGAAGUCUUUUAUUCGGCAAGACGAGAAUGAUAAAUAUAAGAUCCAUGCAAUGAAUUUAGAAAUGCAGAACGAGUGGUUAGACAUAGGAGAUUUUUGCAUCCCAUUAGCAUUAAAAUGGCGCACUUUAAUUUAUGAUUGGUCGCCAGCAUUGUUAAAAUUCUAUCUCAAUGCGUUCCAGAUGACUCUCCCAGAUCAGAGUAAUUUAGUAAGAUGGGGUAAAAGUACCGAAAAAACUUGCUAUAUCUGUGGAAAGGCAGUUGGAACUGCUAAGCAUCUGCUGGUGGGAUGUAAGGUACUCCUGGACAGCGGUCAAUACUCGCGUCGUCACGAUAGGGUUCUAGAAGUCAUACGUGAAGCGGUUAGUCUUUCGGUAGCCAGAGCGCAAAAGGAAAUAACCACAAACGAACGAUCAGUAGGUUUUGUGAGAGAAGGCACUAGGGCUACAAAAUCAAACGUCAAGCCUUACUCCAUCCUUAAAGCGGCGUCGGAUUGGACUAUAAUGAUGGACACGUAUGAAAAGCAAUAUAAAAUCCCCGAGGAUAUUUGUGCGUCGGCCUCCAGACCGGAUAUAUUUUUGUUUUCGCGAAUUUUAAAGCGCGUAGUGAUGAUAGAGCUUACGGUCCCUUGGGAAACCAACAUCCCCAAAGACCAUACCAUCAAGGUCAACAAAUAUUACGAGCUCACAAACGAACUCACUCGAAAUAGGUUCGUAGUAGAUUUGUACGCGGUAGAGGUGGGAGCGAGAGGUAUAACAGCGAAAUCUCUCUACAACCUACUAAAGGACUUGGGCUUGUCCAGAACUCACAUUAAUGCAUUCUUGGAACGUAUAUCGAAGGCAGCCCUAGAAGGUUCUUUUCAAAUUUGGUUAGGUAGGGAGAGGAGCUUGGACAGUGGAGGUGAGCGUAUAACGCGCGUUAGUUAA